UUUGCUUUGCUAUAAAACUGGCCACAGGUUCUGCCAAGAGAUCAGUUCAGAACAAGAGUUCAAGCCGAGCGCAACCAAGCAAACAAUUAGCAAAAUGAAAUUCGCCAUCGCUGUCGUCUUCACCCUGGCCCUGUCCAUGGGCGUGCAGUCUUCGGUGAUUCCGUUGAUCUCCCAGCUGGCUGGUAAUGGUCUCUCCUACACCGCCGUCUCGAAUCCCGUGCUGGCCUCACCCUGGGGUGUUCCGGCUGCCAACUGGCCCGCCGCCGUCUCCGUCGCCUCCUGGCCACCAGCAGCACCCACCGUGCUUGCCGCACCCGGUCCUGUGCUGGCUGCCCACGGUUCCGCUGUGAUUGCUGGUCCUGCCCCCGCUCUGGUGGCCGGUCCUGGUCCCGCCGUGGUUGUCGGUGCCGUUGCCCGCGAGGGUGUCUAUACCGCUCAGACCCGUGGCGCCGUUCACACCGCUCCUCUGUCUGGACACAUUCAGUCGGUCGCCUCGAUCAAUGCUGCCCCCGCCCCCGGCACCCUCUAAGCGCCAAUCCGAGAAUGUUUGCCACACUGCCUGGAACUUGUACUGGACUUGAAUAUGCUAAUUUGAUAAAUGUUGUAAAUAUUUGUAUGCUUAUAAACAGGGUACUCGCACCGACCACCUAAAUUCUACCUUUCGAACGCACUCGCAA